AUGGAGUCGAUGUGGGCAGCGGCUACAGCACAGCCCGACUACUACUCGACCUCUGACGCCGCCGCCAGCCAGCUGCACGCCCAGCUGCCCGCCCACCUGCCCACCGGUGGGGGCAGUACGUCUUCGUCAUCGGGCGGUGGUGGCGGCGGCCUCCCCAGCCUGGCCCCGCUCUACCCCCUGCCCUCCACCCCAAUGCCCAACUUUGACAUGCCGCUCCAGGGCGGCGGGAUGCGCAUGAACGUCGGGGGAAUGAUGAUGGGCGAGGUGGAAGCGGAGUCGAGAGGUGGAGCCGUCGCGCAGUUCAGGCCGCGAGAGGUGAUCCCCCUGUUCGACAUCGCCCUCGGGGCAUCCGCGCCGAUCAUUCCCGCUCUGUCGCGGCCAGCCUUUGCGCGAGACGGCAGCGGCCGCUUCCUCUGCGGCACCGAAGAACAGCAUCCCCAGCGGUCAAAGAGCAACUAUCUGAUAUUCGGUAGAAUGGAUCCCAACACGGGGAAGCUGAUGACAAGGAACGGCUCGCCGGACGUUUGGACGCAGCCCAUCAGCAAUCACGUGCGAGACAUACAAUGGGUGGACGAGCAGCUCAUGAUCGUGGCCAUCGCCAGCACGCUCAUUCUCAUGCGCCUGCCGCAGCACACCCGCGCCGAUCUCGCGACCAUCAACUUUCCUCCUUUUCACAAGGACUUUAUACGGGAGAUUGCCGUCUCGCCGGCGAAACGAAACCUCUUGCUCUCCGGCGGCUUCGACGGUUCCGUGUUUGUGACGGACAUCAGUCGAUUAUGCGAGGACAUCACCACCGAUCAGCAGCACAGCGAGAACAGCAUCUACCCGUGCGGCGAAGUGGUGGGCAGUGUGGGGUGGCACCCGACCAAUCCGUGGUUGGCCUCGUGCACGACCGAUCCGGGCACGCUCCACAUCUUCGACAUACGCACCGAUUCGGGAGGCGUGAAUGCGGCGAGCGACCGGGCGCGCCAGUCUCUGCUCUACAACACCACCAAACCCGAGCUCUACACUCACGCAUAUUGCGAUGAAUACACCAUCCUCCUCGGCUACGGUGACGGGCAGAUCCACACCUUCGACACGCGCAUGCAGCGAACCACCCAAGUAUUCCAGGAUCCCUACCAGCGCCAGAUCGGCGAGAUCAAGGUGGACGGUGGCGGCGUGUUCGCCACGUUUGGCGUGCCCGAGGUCACGCUUUGGAAAGUGGGAGAGUCACGCAGCUUUCAAGUCUGGGGCCACAACAACAUGUGUCCGCCGCAGCUGCCAAACAACAUGUCCUACAAGACCUCGGGCGAGUUUCUCUCGCACAGCUCGGCCCUGGCCGUUACCGAUUCAAACGGGCUGCUGUCCUACUAUCAGAUCCCGCCGGUGUUGUAG